GCGAUCCGUCGGAAGCAACCUAUUGAAUUAACUAUAAAGCUUGGUUACCAGGGAUCACCUCCGCGGCUUGCUGCAAAAUGAGCAGCGUCGCUGUAAAUGCAAAUGGCACGGCCAAAAAAGCUCUGGAAUUUCCAGACUACCGUCGGAGCGUCGCGCUGAAGUACGUUAAGCGCGGCUACACGUUUCUCAUGUCCUACCUCUUAACAAUAGCGCUGGUCCCGCUUGGGGGAAUGCUGUUGCUGGAGCUCUUAAAUAUGCAUCGCAACGGUGAACUUUCGCGGCUUAUGAGCGUCGCCAAGCAGACGGACCUCACGUUCAACCUGAUUACUGUUGUAGCAACUAUCUCUGCGCUUGUGGCAGUAACUGUGAGCUAUUAUGUUCUGCGUACGAGACCUGUGUACUUGGUCGACUUCCAGGUGUAUCGCGCGCCGGACAGUUGGAUGGCAACUUAUGCUCGCUUCAUGGCUGGCUCCCGUGGUUGUCAGCGCUUCACGGACGAAGCUCUGGAGUUCCAGGAAAAAAUCCUCCAGCGGUCGGGGCUGGGCCAGGAGACGUAUUUACCGCCGGCCGUCCAAGUUAUGCCUCCGGAUUGCUCCAUGGCCAAUGCGCGCAAGGAGUUUGAGAUGGUUGUGUUUCCGAUUGUUGAGGAGCUGCUUCAACGCACCGGUGUACAUCCCAAGCAGAUUGCUAUCCUCGUCGUGAACUGCUCUCUGUUUAACCCGACGCCGUCGCUGGCCGCCAUGAUUAUUAACAAGUACAAGAUGCGCUCGAACAUUUUGUCGUACAACCUGGCCGGGAUGGGCUGCUCUGCAUCUCCGAUUUCUAUCGACCUUGCAAAACAACUGCUGCAGUUGCAUCCCUCCUCGUAUGCUUUGGUAGUCAGUACGGAGAACAUUACUCAGAACUGGUACUUUGGCAACGACCGUGACAAGCUGCUGCCCAACUGCCUCUUCCGCGUGGGUGGCGGUGCCAUUCUGCUGUCCAACCGCCGCCGUGAUGCCUGGCGCGCCAAGUACGAGUUGAUGCACACUGUCCGCACCCACCUGGGCGCCAAGGAUGCGGCCUACAGCUGCAUCUUCCAGAUGGAGGACGAGGAGCGCAAUAUUGGUGUCCGACUCACAAAGGAGCUGUUCGCGGUGGCGGGUGAGGCGCUCAAGAUCAACGUGACCACGUUGGGCCCGUUGGUGCUGCCGCUGUCGGAGCAGCUGCUCUUCUUCUUCAACCUCGUGGCGCGCAAGGUGUUUGGUUACAGGGGCAAGCCGUACAUUCCGGACUUCAAGCUGGCCUUCGAUAAGGUCUGCAUUCACACCGGCGGUCGUGCGGUAAUUGACGAAAUCGAGAAGCAGCUCCAGCUCAGCAACGAAAUGGUGGAGCCCUCGCGCGCGGCGCUGUACCGGUACGGCAACGUGUCCUCGUCGUCCAUCUGGUACGUGCUGGCUUACCUGGAGAGCUUCCAGGGGAUGCGCCGCGGCGACCGCAUCUGGCAGAUGGGCUUCGGCAGCGGCUUCAAGUGCAACAGCGCCGUGUGGCGCGCGAAUCGCACCUUUAAGCAUUGCCACCAAGCCUGGGAGGGCUUCGAUCUCCAAGAGAUGCGGCAGCACCUGCAGAUGCUCAAGGACUUGAGCAGGCAGGCCAAGAAGGCAUAAGCACCGCAUGUGGCCGUCUUAACGC